AUGGUAACCGAGAAGAGCAAAAAACCAAGAAGCAAAACGGCAGUAAAAAGGCGCAAGGACCCCAAUGCACCAAAGAAGCCGAUGUCGGGGUACUUUAUUUUUGGGCAAGAGCAAAGGAAGAAGAACGAGGAGCUGAGUAGGUUGCCCGUGGCAGACCAAGGAAGAGCGAUUUCCGAGAUGUGGAAGAAGCUGUCUGAUGAAGAAAGGGAGGAAUACAACAAGAUUUCAAACAGGGAGCGCGAGCUAUACCAGGCAAGGAUUGAGGAGUAUAAGAAGAGUGACGAGUAUCACAACCACCUUGAGAAGGUUGCUGCUGAUGAGGCGGCGGCAGGAAAGAAGAAGAAGGGAAUCAAGAAGGUGACUGGAUACAACGAGUUUUUCAAGGCUGUCCGCAAGGCUGUUUCUGAGGAGAACCCAAGCUUCACGAUGAUGGAGACCACGUCUGCUGUUGCAAAGAGAUGGAAGGAGCUGAGCGAGGAUGAGAAAGCCGUCUACAACAAGAUUGCCGAGGAAAAGAAUGUGAAGGCUGGUCUGGUUGGGGGAUAG